CACGGCUGAUGUUAGCCUUAUUCACCAAUUAGGAAAUUUUCCAACAAAGAAAUUCUGACAACUCCAACUCAAAAAGUGCAGGCUCUCUCAAUGCUUUCUCUUUACAAAACCAUCAACCACAAUCGCCUUGGAAUUUUACGUUCGAUCACAAUUGCAAUGUCAUCUCCACCAAACCCUAGAGCUAGAAAGCAACCUCGUAGAGGUCGUUAUUCUUCUCAAUUAGCAAGUACCAGAGGAAAUGCCAGAAAUGCCAGAGGUGGCAGCAAUGCUCAAAGUGUAUCACCUACCCAAAAUGCAUCACCUAUCCAGAGUGCAGCAUUUUCUACUUCCACAUCCUUUGCAGAAGAAUGGGCUGCAGUUGCCGCUCCUCCACUUACCACUGCAGUCCCUCUCGAUACUCCACGAUUCGCAGAUCUCGGUGCUGAAAAUCUCCUCAACCCAAUCCUUAUCCAGACCAUUACUGAAGACUUAAAAUUCGACCAUAUGAUGCCGGUUCAAGCCGCAACUCUCCGUCCUUUACUUUCAGAACGCGCAGAUUGUUUGGCACAGGCUAAGACUGGAACUGGAAAAACCAUUGCUUUUCUUAUUCCUGCGAUUCAGACACUUAUUAACCAACAGAGACGUCCUCAAGAUGGAAGUUCUCUGCUAGUAAUGACACCAACGAGAGAACUUGCACAGCAGAUAGCAAAGGAAGCGAGUCAAUUAUUACAACGUCUUCCUUAUUAUAAAGUUGGAUUUGCCAUCGGUGGUACAAAUAAAACUGCAGAGGAAAAGAAUAUUUUGAAGGGCUGUAAUAUUCUUAUUGCUACUCCAGGUCGAUUAUUCGACCAUCUUAAUGAUGAAAGAAUCAUCGAUGCUUUCCGCAAUCUCGAUACUAUCGUUCUUGACGAGGCAGAUAGAUUACUCGAUAUGGGAUUUAUGAAUGCCAUUAAAGAUAUUAUCAGAUGUCUCCCAGACAAGGCCCAAACCAACAGACAAGGAAUGCUCUUCUCCGCCACUAUUGCUCCUCAUGUUGAAAAGGUCGCUCACUUGGUUCUCUCAAAAGAUUACAAGUUCAUUUCCACCAUUCCUAAGGGAGAGGUCAAUACUCAUGAACGUGUUCCUCAACAUCUCGUUACCGUUCCAAAUUUCUCUGAUGUGGCCCCAGCAAUGGUAGGUUCUAUUCGCGAAGAAAUGAAAUUGGAAGGUAAGGAUAGCUUCAAGGCUAUUGUCUUUGCGCCUACCGCUGCCCUUGUAGACUUCUACGCCGAUAUUCUCUCUCAACUAUCAGAUCUCCCACCCAUCACCGCAUUACAUUCUCGUGUAUCUCAAAGUAAGAGAACAAAAGUCACAAACGAUUAUCGUGAAGCCAAAAUGGUCGUACAGCAAGAGCAGGCAAAGAAGGUCGUGGUGUAUUCAUCGUCACAGAUGCCGAGGGCGCAUUUCCAAAUGGACAUUGAAAGAAAUCCAAUUUCUACCAACACCCCGCAGAAUCUGAGCUCUGCAAAUGAUGUUUUAAGAGUAGCAUCGAAGAUGGAUAAUCAUUCAAAAACAUAUCAAGCUUGGUUGGGAUACUAUAAGAAUCAUCUUAAACUUAUGAAGUGGGAUAAUGCGGAGUUAGUCCGUCAAGGCAAUGUUUAUGCAAAGGAGGGAUUGGGCGCACCAGAGACGCCAACUCUUUACAGAGGCAUUGUGGGAAAGAUGGGACUUAAGGGUACUCCAGGUUUGACUAUUAUUCCAGAUCCUCCUAGAGUUCCACAUGGAGGAGGAAGAGGUGGUGGUGGUGGUUAG